CAACACGAUCGAGAUCGGUUGUCGAAACGAUGGGGAAUUGCUGUGAGAAGAUACCAAUACUGAAUAAGGUGGGGGCAUUUUUUAGCGCUGUCGGCGGAGGAGUCUCGAAGCUCUUCCGGAAGAACAAAGGACCGAAGAAAAAGAGGCCACCGUCUAAAAGUAUUCUGGCCAUGAUUAAGUUCCCAUUCGGAAAUUAUGACUCUUCCGAUCCGCAGGCAGCCAUAGCUGGCGCUGUAGCAGCUGCGAAUGCAAGGCCCACAUCCGGUUGAUGAUGUGGACCGUCUCGUCAAGACCAGCUCUUCGAUCGGGGACUGGAAAUCUUGCUCAACUGAUCAGAUCUGAUCAGAAUGAUGUUCAGAAGCGUCUGGACACUUUCAGGGCCAAGAUGAGCCUUGUGCAGGAGUGAGUGAAGCAAUCGCUCAGUAGGUGCUGCAAGGCGUGCGGAUUUGAGGGAAGGGAAGGUCAAAGUUCGUGUUCUGACAGGAAUCAUUCCAGUCGGGACGAGUUUCUUCAAGCAGCCGGAGAAGUUCUCCGGCUUCUGACAUAAUUACAAUAUACAGGUCUUGUAUACAUCGAUCGCUUAAUAUGACAUUUUGAUUAUGUGGCUCACCGGGAGGUUUGCCUGUCAGAUCGUAAGGCGCUUCACACGAAUUUCGAAGCUCUACUAGGACUUGACCACCGUGGUCUCAUUUAGUAAACCCAAAAGUCCGAUAUGCAGAUGAUUCUGCCAAUGCCAGCAGCAUUGAUUAGUUCAAGAGCUGGAAAUCCCGAUUCCACGAAUAUGAUGCAAGGACACAACAGGUUCAGGACAGAUCUGAAGCACAUCAACACCUCGAACUAAAUUAGUCAUCAGAGGUGACAUGUUGCGAAGACUUGGCACCGCUCAUCGAGAUGCGAAGGUCUUGACCCAGUCGGUCGAUUCAGGUUUGACAAUUCGAGUUUGCUGUGGUUGGAAAGGUAACUUUAAGGUCUCCAUGAAUCAAGAGAUGCUUUCUGUAAAGUAUCUCCAAGCCUACAAAGGCACCACCGGGAGGAGCAAUAAAUACUCAGCUCGAAAACGAUUCGCUUUCUAGCAGACGCAUCCGAUCUGCAAUCUCUUGUGAGAUAUUGUGAGAGUGUAUACUUUAUGCACGCCAAACUUCCUUCCAGGCUGGCGAUAGGCCUGCAAUAUUGCAUCCAUGUGAAUCGAACUCGUCUCGAGCUCCCCAAAGUCCAAAAUGAUUCGCGAUCACCACACUGUGAUAGAUGUAUCAGACUGAAGUAAAAAUGUUUCAGCAAAUCCGUAGCCUCAUGCUCGAGCCCGUCACGCCCUCGACAAAGAUCAGAGGAAGCCGUAACGGCCUGGCUUGACAGUGUUUCACGAAAGUCGUAGCCUCAUGCUCGAAACAGCAAUCCAUUCGACGAACAUCGAACGUAGUUGGUGAGAUGAGAACGUACGUGAGUAGGAGUCUUUCGAUUGCCCCAUGUGGUCGUCGAAUUAUUCCAAUCUGCUCAGUUUAGCCUUGCAAAGUCCAUUCAAGCAAUUACUGAAACUGUAUAUACGAAGUUUGGAGCGAGUUUCAAUAAUUUGGGUUCAUUUAC